UUUGAUUUGAAAAUUGCACUGACUGGUAAACAAGUGAUGGAUGGAACGAAAAAUAUUAAAAAUUUGUUUUUGGAAUGCUUCAACGAAGAAGAACCUCAGAUAAAUGUUAUUGGUGGUGGGAAAAUGGCCAAGGCUUUGGUUGCUGGUUUUGUUAACUCAGGUUUCAUUAACAAAUCAAACAUUUUUAUUUGCACACGUUCUGAAGCUACAGCAAAAUCAUGGCGUUCUCAAGGCUUUACCUCUGCCUAUCCAAAAGACAUUUUCUACUCUGAAGUCAAAAAGCCUCGGGCUAUUAUUCUGAUUGCAAUAAAGCCACAAAUGUUUCCAUCAUUUAUUAAUGAAGUGAAGGCUAAUGAAUGGUUUUAUUUUGGGCUGCCAGGAAUUCUUUGUAUUUCUAUCAUGAGUGGAAUUUCUCUUCAACAUUUUGACAAGGAGUUGAAGUCUGUCGGUUUUGAUGGUCACAGUAUGCGUUUAAUGCCCAAUGUUAAUUGUGCUGUCUCCAGUGGGACUUUAGUUUUAUCGGCUGACUCUGAAACGCCUCAAGAAUUGGUAGAAUUAGUUUCUGUUCUCAGCUCUUAUGUCGGCAAAUGUAUUCGUGUUGAUGAAGCACAUUUUAAUGCAGCUUCGAGUAUUUCGGGUUGUGGGCCUGCUUUUAUUGCAUUGGUCAUUGAAGCUUUAGCUGAUGGCGGUGUUGUUGCUGGAUUAAGUCGUGAAUUGGCAAAUCAGCUUGCUGCUGAUAUGGUUAAGGGAACAGCUCAACUUUUUAUGACAAAAAUUUCAUCUUUGUCUCCUACUUUGGACACUCCAUCACCUGCUCAAUUAAAAGACCAAGUUUGCUCUCCAGCUGGAACGACUAUAGAAGGAGUUAGGGAACUUGAAAAACAUGGUGUUCGUUCGGCAUUUAUUGAAGCUGUUCAAUCAUCUACUCGCCGUGCCUUUGAGCUGUCGCAAUAAAUAUGUUUGGUUAUUUUUAAAGAAUAAAUAGAGGAUUUUAAAAAGAUGUAUUUAAGACUUAAAGAAGAAUUUUAUUUAAAAUAUUGGUAAGGGUUUACCUCUCGAACUCUUCUAUAUCACAAUAAAGUGCUCAAAACGGUCAGAAAGGUAUUUUUUGAUGAUUGAAAAAUUAAUUUUCCCACAUAGAUUCGAACCAACGAACUUUUCAAGUUUUACAUAUAAAUUAUAGCUCUUUCGAAAGAGCUCGUCGGCCUGAGUCAA